AUUCAGCGAAAGUUAAACAUUACACGAGUUGGGAUCUCUUUGGAAUAGUUCGGCGAAUGAGAAAAUAAUUACUUUCAUUUGUGUGUAUUGUGCUAAGAUUUUCCUCAAAUAAACGCUGAAAGAUCGGAAAACACAUGCAUAAGGAGGUACCAAAAUGUCAGGAGACAUGGAUUUCUUUGAAGGGUCUGAAAAACUUCUGGAAAUUUGGUGGAAUUCAACACCCAAGCUGACAGCAGCCGACAAAGAAAAGGAUUUGAGGUGUAUUCCAAGGUGCAGAAUUGAGAAAAUCCUAGAUUUGGCAGGAUGUAAAAUCAUUAGCAUGAUUCAAAAUGAUGAAAUGACUGCUUACUUGUUGAGCGAGAGCAGUUUGUACAUAUCAUGUAAUCGUUUGAUUCUAAAGACAUGUGGCACAACCCCCCUGCUACGAGCUACAAUACAUAUUAUUAAAGUUGUUGAGGAGGAAUGCGGAAUGAGUGAGGUCAAAAAUGUGUUCUAUUCAAGGAAAAGUUUACAACCUCAUUUGCAGGAGGCACCCCAUCAGAACUUUCAGCAAGAGAUUGAUGUCUUAGAUGAAUUCUUCCCAGGAGGUGGAGCUUAUACCUUAGGAAGACAGAACAGCGGCAAUUGCUGGCAUUUGUUUACCAUUGAUAAUUAUAUUGAUGGAUUGAAAAUACCAGAUCAGACUCUAGAAAUUUUGAUGAAUGAUUUAGAUUCAUCUGUUGUCAAGCGAUAUUACAAAGGAUUUUACAAAGAUGCAAAAGAGCUCACCAGGGCUGUUGGUAUAAAUGACCUCAUUCCUGGCACAAUGAUUGAUGAUGUAAUCUUUGAACCUUGUGGGUACUCUGCUAAUGCUAUUUUGAAGGACAGCUAUUUUACAAUUCACGUAACUCCUCAAGAGGAGUUUUCUUACGCCAGCUUUGAGACGAACGUUAAAUUGGACACGUUCAAAGAAUUGAUUAAAAAAGUACUCGACAUUUUCAAGCCGGGUAGAUUUAUCAUGACGCUGUUUGGCAACGCGAUCGCCCCCUGCGGAACUUCCAUACGGACAUUUGAGAAGAACUUUCUUCAUUAUUCAAGAAAAGAUCUUCAUUUUGCUUGCUUCAAGAAUUACAAUCUCACAUACGGCUAUUACGAGUUGGCAUGAGCGACAUCUCUGUAAGUCCAAUAGUCUGCUUGACCUCGUUAUUUGUGCUUCUUUUUUAGUAUGACCAAUUAUCAUAGUCUUUUAUAUAGAACAAUAGUAAAGGGAAUGAACUACAACCAACAUAUAAAAUAUGCCAAACCGAUGUAUUUACAUUGGCGAUAUGUAGAGAUAGAGACCAUAUUUACUCUUCAUUACAUAUUUUACUAUAAGUAAGAUAUGAUCUUUGGAAUAUAUUCAGAUAAUAAGUAUUCUAAGUAUAAGUAUCAAAGUAAAUCUGUAAUAUUUUGAAUGGUUGUACAAGCAUGUUUGCACCAGGGCCGUUGGCGCCGUUUUACGAAGGAGUUAGCUCCGGGGGGGUUGAGUUGGAAAUUAAUAGUAAGAAACGCGUUUCGUCGUUGGAUUUAUAUUCGUUGUAUUAUUAUAAUUUGACUUAAAUGUUUGUGUAUUUUGUCAAUUGGAAACUUGCAUUUUACGUUUAUUGAGAAGUUAUUUGCCGAAAACUGUUUUCCUGGUGGGGAAAGUGAUACCCGCUAGCUCCACGCUUGCUCUGGCUUACCAACGACCUUGGUUCAUAUAUAUUACAUGAAUUCUUGCAUUUAAUGUCAUAACCAUAUAUAUAUCUUAUAUUACACGGUCAUAACAAUCGA